AUGACAGUGAUCCGGCUGCUUCUUCUGGGUGUCCUGCUUGGCAAAACCGAGGCGGAGCUCCAAUGCACCGCUCAGCUGGCAGGUCGGACAGAGGAGACUGCAGGCAGAUGCACGCCCACUUCAUGGGAUGGAGAGGAUCCUCUACGAGACUGGGCCAUGAAGUGCUUCGACGAGUGCUUUGCCGAUCCCUACUUGCUCGAGGAGCUGCCAGGAGCAGAUGUGGACAGAAGCUACUAUCCAGCGCUUGCUUAUCCAACACGGGAGGCCUGCUCAAUUCAGGGUCCUGAGCCCGCUCUCCCACAGCUGCUUUGCAAACAGGUUGCUGCCUUUAGAAUGACUUGCAGCAAGGCCUUCCAGGAGUUCCCAAAUGCUUGCAGUGGCGGUCUCCAUGUGCAAGGUCACUACGCGGUUGCUCAGAAGCAUGUGUUUCUCGCACUCUACGCCUUCAGCUCUGCGAUCCCAGGGUCUGCAAAUGUCCGGGAAGUGUUGGAGUCUCGGCUGGUGGCAGACGGAGUGAGCAGGUGCGCUGGAAUGUACAGGAUAGCAGAGGGCAACUGCCUCGGCCUCGGCAAUGCGGAGAGACCUGGCCCAGCCCAGCUUCCACCACGACCGCCUGUCAUACCCCAAAUGCAAGGGGAGUUUCCGGAAGUGAACGCUGCUACAGAUAAUGGCAAUGAUUUCUACUUCUGGUUGGCGGUUGUGGUCCUUUUCAUCAUGCUGGCUGGUGCAACUUUGUUCCUUUCAAGAAGGAGGAACGAGGAACGGCGACGGCUCAGAGAUUCGCAAGAGAUCGAGAUCCAUAGCAUUCAUCGAGCUUAG